AUGGUGCGCAGAUGUGGCUCUGGCUCAGAGGCGAGAGGUGCUUCCACUCUCGACUCUCACCCGCCGAUGGGGAAGCAGAUAUUUAAAGAGACGAGCCAAGAAAUUUCUGUAAUGACUGCUACACGUGUUCCCCCGAAAAGAUACAAGUGGGCGUUAGACUCAACAACUCGUGGUAAACCAGAUCGCAGUUCUGAUUUGGCAUCGCCUCCAGGAUAUAAUCCAUCAGCAGGGCAAGUUUACACAGAAGUUACUAGAGAAUCUGAUCCCAACCAUUUAAUCAUUAAAAAAUCUUGGGAACUUGCCCUUGGUCCUUUGAAACAGGUUCCCAUGAAUCUGUUCAUCAUGUAUAUGGCUGGAAAUUCAAUCUCUAUAUUCCCAAUUAUGAUGGUUGGAAUGUUGAUCAUUCGACCUGUGAAGGCCUUAUUCACCAUGCAAAACACAUUCAAGAUGAUUGAAGGAAGCCAUGCAGCAGGACAGAAGUUUGUGUACUUUUUGGGUAACAUCGUCAGUGUUGCUUUGGCUUUAUAUAAAUGCCAUUCCAUGGGGCUACUGCCCUCUCAUUCUUCUGAUUGGCUUGCUUUUGUAGAACCACAGAUGAGAAUGGAGUAUUCAGGUGGUGUUCCAGAAUCUCUUCAGGAGUGUGUUCGAUUGAAUUAUGUAACGUGCGAUACAUUUCUGAGCAAUACUUUCGAAACUUACGAACGCACCGUGGAACACAGUUUGUGUCAAUGGAAAAAUUGUUCCACAAAAGAUGGUGCGCUGAUCAAAAGUUGUUUCAGUCUCGGAAGUGCCAAUGCAUUGAAUAUUUAUCGAUGCCUCAGUUCUGCAGAAGUUUCCACUGCAUUGAGACCGUUUUACUUCUCAGUUCAUCCUGAUCUUUUUGGCCAAUAUCCUGACGAGAGGAUAAUAAAUGAAAAUUCACUGAAACAGCUAAGUUCUUACAUUGAAACACUCCAACAGAGAAGACCAGCAAGGCCAACAUCUGUUACUUUCUACCUUCGAAGUCGUUCUAAUGGCACAAAUGUGUCCAAGAAAGGUUCAUUCCGCUCUGUAAAAAUUGACCUUAAGCAAAGAGAUCUCAGAAAAACAGUACUGUCAAUUUUAAAAUCUUGCGAUUUACCAACAACAUAUGUAGAUAAUAUUGCUCCUGCCCCAAAACAAGAACCUUCUUUUGGGCUGGAAAUCAGGAAACCAAAAUUUGAUGAAAAUGAUCCUAUUUUUGGGGCUGCUAUCUUGAGGCGAGAAGUAAAGCAAAGGAAGGAUGGUGAAAAAUUGUCGCUAGACAUCCCUGAGUUGGCCCUCGUAGCAGAAGGUCCAAAAGCAGAACUUUUGAUGAUCAGUGGCUCUGGCUGCAGGGUGUGGUUGGAGAAGAACGUGGAACAGGCUCGGAUGAAACUCGCUGCAUGUCAGCCCGUGCGAGAAGAAAUUAUCCGGCUUCAGAUAACUUUGCAAGAUGCUCUUGGGGUGCAGCGGGUUCUGUGGGACUGUGGAUGGAACGUGACUCAUUUCAGGGGUUGCCUGCAAAGCUUUCAAGCAUUGGCUCGACAUCAUCCUGAUGUUAUGCAUGUUUUGAAAGGUAGAACCCUGAUGUUUGGAAACGACACUGGUGUUAGCAUGGAUGGCCAUGUUAUGCUCAACAGUGGAGAAGUGAGACAUAAUUGGCUUGAUCUGAUUAAAAAUGUACACAAGCAUGAUAUAGUUCUAUUAAGAAUACCUUCAUUUGAGAAAGCAGUGUCACGAGUUUUACGAGACAUAAGAGUGGUUCGUAGGAAAUUUCAACCUAAAGUGAUGGCCAAACACUAUGAAAAUCAUCUCCGGCGACUUACAACUUCUCUCAGCGAUCACCAAGGGCGAUUUGGGUAUCCUCGAGAGUGGCCAGAAAAGCUUGAUAAGUUCGAGUUAGUCGUUGAAACGGAGGCUGGGCCAUUAAUGGUGUCUCCAACUGGUCAAUUUAUUGUGCCUGCAUCUUGUCCUGGCUCGUUAGUUGUGAGUUUUAUUGAUGGCAACAUGGAAGAAGCGACAUCACUUCUGCUUCGUUAUAAAAGCAAUAAACAUGUGGAACGAGAUUUGGUUCAGCAGUGUGUGGAUGAAUUUCAACUGGCAGCUUUGCAUAAAGAUGAUAACAUCACUCCUGAAUUGAUGAUUGCCUGCUGCAAACAGAUGCUGCAGCACCAAGAACAACUGAGGAAGAACUUGCUCAACACACGUAUUUGGGUUACAAAUUAUUACUCUGUUCUUUCUGAUGGUGAAAUGUGUAUCCCAUGGAACUGGAAACUUUAAUUAUUUUUGUUAAACUUGCAAUUUGGUCCCAAUAGUUGUUAAUUUCUGAACGAAAAUAUCUUUUUUACAUUUCACAUUUUCUUUCACUUGUUUCAUUAAAAUUUUAUGCAUUUGAUGCAAAAAACAAAUGUUAGUAAUUACAGCAAAAAAUGUGACAAGUUUUUUAUGGGUUUUAAAAAAUAUUUGAAUUUUUAUUUAUUGCAUAUAAUUUCAGAUGUGCCAUCAAUAAAUGAAUGUUAGGUAUACGUUGAAUGUAUUGUGUUCAUUCAAAAUUGUACUUUUGUGCACAUGGAAAUGUGCAAACAUUUAUGUAAGUGAUGCGAGAUAAAUGAAUUUAAUUACGAGGUCACUUUUUAAAAAAUUGUUCUUAAAUUAGACCUUGUCUCCAAAAGCUGGCCUAUUUUGCAUGGCUUUGUAUUCUUUAAUUACCAUAGAAAUGCUUUUGAGUUUUAUAAAUUGGUAAUGAAAUCGUAAAUGAAAACGAUUGUUUAUGAAUUAAAUAAUGAAAAUAGAAUAUUUGGAAAGGAAAGUGUCCUUAAAAGAUGAUCUUGUAGGGGAAUAAAUACAAUUUUUUAAUAUAUUAUUUUGUGUAGAGGAUCUGGCGAUUAGUUCUCAACAUUCUCCACUCAAUUGAAAAGAGCUGCUCAAUUGUAAUUUUAUUUAUUUUUAUUAAUUAUAGGAAAUGAUUCUGCCAUUUAUUUAUAGAAAAGUCCAAUCACUUGUUUGAUGGUAGGUUAGUGACACACAUGCCAAAAAAUAAUGUUCAUUAACUUUAAAACUGCAAAUAUGGAACAGCAGGCAUUGGAGAAUUCUCUCAUUGAAAUGCCCAAAUAAAAUAAGUAGAAUGAAACAUAUUGCCAACAAGGAUAUUCUUGCUGAGAUUUUGAUGAUUGUGAACCUUUAUCCCAAACGAGGUCUUGAUGUAAUUUAAAAAAAAAAAAUUUAUUUUCUAAUCAAGAUAUAUAAAGUGUGUAAUAAUUGAUCCAUCGAGAGUUUUUUUUUCUACAUAAAAAAAAUAAUAAUAAAUUAUUUCAUGAUGGGUCCAUUUAGAAUAAUUUUGAAAAAUUCUAAAAUUAAAAUUUGAAAAAAUUACAAGUACUUUUAAAAAAAAUGUAUUUGUACAUUUUAAUAAUUAAAUUUUUUAUCAUAUUGGUAAGUUGUCUAACAUCUGAACAGUAAUAAUUUAUAAUUUUAAUCUCUCUUGAGGGUUUUAGAACAAUUUAUUAAACUAAAUUCAUAAUGCUUAAACUGAUGUUUGCAGCAUAAAUCAAUUAAACAAACUGGUGAACUUAAAAUUAUAAAGGUCAUAUAAUUUGGAAUUGUGGUGUUGAAGCUGGGAAGAUUUGGAUUAGUUACAAAUAGCUGAAAGUGUCUUUUUUUGAUUUAUUUCAUCAAUUUAUAUUGAAAUACUUAAAUAUUACUCUUAUAUUAGAAUUUUUUCAAUUUAUUAUUUCGUAGUAUAUCUAAUAGAAGAACAAUGUAUGUGCCUAGAUCUAGGACUUCUAAAAUCAUGAGGGCUUUGUCUGCUGUCUAGUCAACUAAUGGAAAAAUUUGGCAUUGGUAAGUUAUGGUAUAUUAGCUGGGUUUCUUACAUAAUAUUAAUUUCAUUUUUUGUUGCAUUUUCUUGUUUUGUGUUCUGUAAAUAUGGAGGACAGUAACAAAACUAGUGCAAAUAAUCACAAGUAUAAUUCUUGAUUGGACCAUACAGUUGUUUUGUGCUUAAUGGAAAGAAGGCAAAAUGAACUUGGAACAAGGACUGUAUUGUGUUAAGACUUUCAUCAGUGAGCAAAGAAUAACUGAUGAGCCCCACCCUCACAUACACAUAGUAAAUAUUUGUUGGAAUAUUUUUUUAUAAACAUCUUCAUUUUUAAAAAAAUGUUUGAUUUUCAUUCUCUGAAAUACUGGUUGUGCUUUCAGAAAGUGAACAAAACUUAUUUUCUGUGUUUAUUUGGCUAAAUUAAUUUCUAACCAUACAUCAAGAGGCAAACUAGUCAACUAAAUAUGUCAUAGACUUAGAAACACUGGAAGCAAGGAAAUUCUUGCUUGUGUCAUGCUUUGUCGAGUAAAAUGAAAUGUGUAAGAAUCUCUAAUUGAGAUUUUCUGAAACUAAUAUGAUACCACAUAUAAUUAUAUACAUAUCCCCCCCUGAUAGUUUGUGUUAACUGAUCUGAAAAUUACAUAAUAAGAUAUUCAUUGCUAACAAUGUCUGCAGGGAAAUUGUGUUGAUGAAGAAUGCCAAUGAUGUAAAGAACAAGAAUUAAGCAGUCAAGUAUGUCUAAUUGUAUAUACAAGAAAAGAAGUCAUAGCACAAUUUCUCAGCCAUCUCAGAAAAAUAAAUUUAAAAAACUUCUCUUUGUCUGUGAUUGUACAUUUUAUAAAUUGAAGUAAUAAAUUUUUAAGUCUCCAG